AUGUGGGGCGAACAGGUUACCGUAGGCGCUGAUGAGGCCUGGCACUAUAGUCGCUCUACUCACUUUGGUUUGACGAGCGGAGGUGCCUGCGGUUUUGGACUUUAUGGACUUUGCACAAAAGGUAGUAAGACCGCGAGCUGGACUGAUCCAAUGCUCGGUCACACUUGUGACGCUUUUUGCACCGCCUACCCGCUGCUCUGUCAAGAUCCGAGCAAUGUGACACUGCGAGGAAAUUUCGCCGCCCCAAAUGGCGAUUACUACACACAAUUCUGGCCAUCCUUGGCAUCGGAGGGAAACCCAGACAAUUAUCUUUCCUGUGGAGAGUGCUUCGAGUUGAUUCGCACCAAGGCGGAUGGCACCGAUUACGCAGUGGGUGAGAGUGGAUAUACUGAUCCAGUCUAUCUGGAGAUUGUGGAUAGCUGUCCGUGUAACGCGAAUUCUAAGUGGUGUUGCGGAUCUGGAGCGGAUCACUGUGGUGAAAUCGAUUUCACUUAUGGAUGCCCCAUACCAGAGAAGAGCCAUCACAUGGAUCUCUCUGACAUUGCAAUGGGCCGUUUACAAGGCAACGGAAGUCUGGCUGAUGGUGUAAUUCCAAUUCGCUAUAAGCGCGUCCCGUGUCCUAAACCUGGAAAUGUAUAUCUUUGGAUACGCGAUGGAGCCGCGCCAUAUUAUUUUUCAUUGUCUGCCGUGAACACGAAUGGUGUUGGUUCUAUUAUCAGCAUUGAAGUGCAAGGAUCUGGUCAAAGCAAUUGGACAGCUCUUGAACGCGAUCCCAACUACUCAAGUAGCCGGCCACAAGAGAGAUAUGGGGCGUGGGUCGUACCUCAAGGCUCUGGACCAUUCAACGUUCCUAUCAGCAUUCGCAUCACAUCUCCUGAUGGACAACAAAUUGUUAGUACUGAUGUGAUUACAUCUUUUACACCACCAGCUUCUGCUCCAUCAGGAUUUUGGUACGUUGAUACGGGUGUACAGUUUACAUGA